AGCUAUAACCUCACUGCUGUUCCCAUCUACCAUCAGGCUCCGGGAAGGAAGAUUCCUCCUCUCUCCUCCUCCAAGCUUGUCAUCUGUAAAAUGGAGAUCAAGCUACCUUGCCUGCCCAAAGGACUGGACUGUGUCUGAAAGCCCUUUAGCGCAGGAUCUAAUGUGACAUGACAAAGCCUGCGCGCGGCGCCACCAUGCGGCGGAAGGCGGUAUCGCUCUUCUUGUGCCACCUGCUACUCUUCGCCUGCGGCGGGGUGGAGGCAGGCAAAAGAAGACAGGCGAAAGAAGAGCGCUCGGAGGACGGCGGCUCCGGGGUCUGGGGCGCCCUGACCUACAUGGCUGUCGGAGGAGGGCUCCUGGCCGCGGGGCUGCCCGUUCUGGGCUUCACGAGCACGGGCAUCGCCGCCAACUCUGUGGCCGCCUGGUUGAUGAGCUGCUCCGCGGUGGCGAACGGGGGCGGUGUGCCCGCCGGGGGGCUGGUGGCCGUGCUGCAGAGCCUCGGGGCUAGUGGUGGCAGUGCCCUCAUGGGCAAGAUUGGUGCCUUUCUGGGCUACACUGUCCACAAACACCUUGAAAACAGCCGGGAGAAGGAGGAGGAAGUGGAGGAGGAGGAGUAGGCGGAGGCUCCCAGGAAACCCUUCCUUCCAAUUGUAGUCGAGAGCUUUCUGUCACGCUCAUCAGUGACCUAAGUGGAAAAAGCAGAAUAAAACCCUGUCAGAAAACA